UAAUCAUAUCCUAACGACUCUAUCCAUGUACCAAAUGGUCCCUAUUAGAAUUAAUUGGACCACCGAUUUUAGCCGGGUUGAAUUUGGUGGACCUAUUUUAACGGCCCCGAACCCACAUGAUAUCUCAUGGGCCCGAAAAAGAAUACGGACCCCUUAGAAUCGGGUUCGUGUGCACAUGGGCCGGGGUUACCCGUUGACAGACCAUCUUCAGAUCAUCAACGGACUCCACAGCAUUCUUGUACGCCUAAAACCCUAGCAUGGAAGAGCCAUCGCCUGCCGACCGCCUCGCCACCUCUCCAACGACAAAACCCACAUCCCUCCUCCGCCGUCUGAUCGACCUGGACACCACGUGGUCCCUCCACAUCCACACGAUCUGCCAGCCCUUCCCUCGCUUCCUUCUAAAAGCCCUAGAAAUCUCAGGCGACGGCCGCUUCUGUUGCCCCAUCCCGAUCGCUCUCUUCCUCUCCCCUCCCUCCUCUAACUCUUCCUCUCUCCGCCAAAUCCUCAUCCUCCUCUUCCUCGGCUUUCUCCUCGAUCUCAUCGCCGUUGGAUCCAUCAAGUACCUGAUCCGACGGCCACGGCCCGUCUACAACAAGGGCAUGCAUCUGACUGUCGCUGUCGAUCACUGGUCUUUCCCCAGCGGCCACUCCUCUAGGGUCUGCUUCAUCGCCUCUUUCUUGUAUCUCUCGCUGGCGUCUCUCACAGAGGCUUUUUCGCAAGUGGAGUCAUCUGGCAACGGAUUCCUGAGCCAUUGGAUCGGACCUGAUGGUAAGGCCGUUGAGCGUUCUGUUUUUGGUGUGUGCUUGUGGUCGGCGGUGACGUCCAUGUCUAGGGUUUUGCUUGGUAGGCAUUUCUUGUUUGAUGUGAUUGCGGGCGCUUGUUUGGGUUUGUUGGAAGCUCUGUUUGUGCUUUAUGUUAUUAAGCCUUGGAUUUAGAAUAGAAUGCAAACAAGAUAGUGUCAUUUUUGUAAUUUAUGCAUUUUUUCCGUCAUUCAGUAUUGGAUGGAAUUUCUGUGAGAAGGUGUAAGAUAUUGAAUUUAAUGAAAGAAAUUUCUCAUUAUGUGCUGA